GCCUCCUUCCAGCUCCAGCUGGAGACGAACAUGAUCCCCAGAAAAUUGAAGAAGGAAAGGCGCAAGGCAGCGAGGCAGAGCAUGAGUCGGUCGUUGGAAAGCCACACCAUUCUGCAGCAGGCCUCCGUUUCUCCCGCUUGCCUAGCCAGGUACAAGAGACACUGGGAGGAGAUGGAGCCAAUGAUGCUGGAUGGACGCGGGCGUCUGCGGCCAAUUGCAAGAGUCGACCAAGCCUUGGCCGAACACCUGGAGGAUCUUUACCGGGACGGGGAGGAUUUGGCCACGGCGCGGUAUGCUGUGGCAGCGGCGCUCUUCUUCAAACCAGAGCUCCGGUCGCCGGCAAUGACUCACCUUCCGAAGGUGAAACAGAGCCGCUGGGUGGAGCAAGUUGUGCCCUCCCAGGAGUCGCUUGCCCAUACCGUAUGCAGUGGUGGCCCUGCUAGUGCAUGCAUUGAGCUUGGGUGUUCUGGAGAUCGCGAUCUACCUGCUCCUGACCUUUUCGCUGUACAUGCGACCGAGCGAGGGGCUCCGCCUCCGAAAGAAGGACGUGGUGAGGCCCAGCUCACGGCAGGCUGGGUUUCAACAUUGGUCGGUGGUGCUUCAUCCCUUGGAAGUCGGGGUGUGCUCAAAAAGCAGGAGUUCGACGAGUGCCUGCAGUUGGACCUGCCCUACCACCAACCAUUGGGACCGGCCACUUACAAGUUACUGCGGCUACAUCAGAAGCGAGGGGAGGAGCACAUCUUCUCCGUCACGCUGGAGGAUGUCACCCAGUUCCUCGAGCGGGCUCAGAUCGAACUCGAGCUCAAGGGUCUGGGGGAGCUGCAACCAUAUCGCUUGAGGCACGGAGGGGCAAGUCACGACUUCGUCAGCAAGCUGAGGGACCUGGCAUCCAUUCAGAUGCGGGGAAGGUGGAGAUCCCAGAGCUCAGUGCGACGAUACCAAAAGGGAGGCCGGCUGACACAGCUGAUGCAAACGCUGCCGGUGCAUGUCAAGAAGGCCGCCGAAAACGCCGUUCGACAGCUUCCGGCGGCACUUGCUGGCCUGCCUUGA